CAGAACUUUCUAAAUCAAUAAAUAUAUCAAGGCAAAAAGGUUACGUUGAUGCUCUCGAACAUUUGGAAACAAAAACAAACUUAGUAAAUCUGAUUAGUGAUUUUAAUGAAGAUGGAAUUGUUCUGGAUUUCGUACCGUUUGAAUAUUUCAGACGAUAUAAUAGAGCACUGACUUAUUCCGAUAAAUUGGUUGAAGAUUUAGAGAAAAACAUGCCAAAUGUAUUCCAUAUAACAAAAAAUGGAUCUGAACCAUCAGUUCUCAAGGUUCAACCUAAUGUUCGCUGCAUGUUGAGAACAGAAGAUCAUAGUAAUCAAGAGCGCAAGGAACAACAUCUUCAUUCAUUUCACUUUCCAUCAUUAUAUGACCGAGGAAAAGAUUAUUAUCAGAGACUUUAUACAAAUAGUCACUCUAGAUCUCAUGAUAAGUGGGAAGAAACAGGUUAUAAUAAAAGAUUAAGGAUCGAUGAUUGUUGGAAAAAGAACACCAAUGGUCCACCAUGGACAAAUCCUUAUGGCAGUUUGCCUCCAAGUUUUCAGACCGAGAGACAUCAAGAUGAAAAAACACCAUGGACAAAUCCUUAUGGCAAUUUGCCACAAAAUGGUUAUGGGAGAAGUUAUGAUGAUUGGAAUAAAUAUAAAUAUACACCUGAGCAACCACUAGGAAAUCCUUAUAGAGGUUUAUCACCUAGCGAUCGUUAUUGUCGGAAUAGUAGUCAUCAUUACACCCAAUUUUAUAACACCCAAUUUUAUAUCCAAUCCUAUAAGGAAGAAUCAAGGUUCACCGGACAGAAAAGUGUAGAUUACGAAGAGAGAUCUUGUCCUAAUAAUUUUGGAAAUUACUUUGAUGCUUUUUGGACAAAUAACCAGCACUAUCGUUAUUAUCAACAGCCGCCGUUGCAAUCUCAAAAACAUUUAAAUUCAUGUGAUAUUUCUCUACCUUCACCAAAAACCCCGAUCCCUGUCGACAACCACAAGGUUAUGAAAUGCUUCGAACAAAAUGAAUCCACUCUUAGCAAUAGCAAAGAUAAUAAUAACGAUGUAAAAAUGGUUGACACGUUAAAAAAGACCGAGCCUGUUAAAAUAACAGAAUCUGUAAAGAAAAACAACUUGGAAGAAAAGAAAGAGCUUACAGCAAAGGGAGAACAAACAAAUUUAAGCUUAAGAAAGCAAAUUAAUAAUAGAUCCCGAGAAAGUGGAUUCGAAAAGUAUCGCAAAUUGGUAAAGAACCACCACAGAAUACCAUUUUUUAUAGUACGGGAAGAUGCACCUAAUCUCUCAGAAGUUCAAAGAGUUGCUGAAAUUCACUUUUAUAAAGACGGCGAUAUUGAAUUAUUAGUCGAAAAAAUAGUAUUUCGAGUUCACAAAAAUAUUUUAACUCUUUCUUCUCAAUUCUUUAAUGGAAUGUAUCAAUCUGCUACUCCUUCCAUUGAAGAUCUAACCGCCAUCUCUAAUACUGGUGUUUCGAUCCCUCGAGUCGAAUUACGGGGUGACGCUGCACCCGAUGUUGAAAAAUUAUUAUCAUUUCUUUAUCCAAACACCUAUUUCGAAAUUAGUUGGAGAGAUGUAGCAAAUUUAUUAAGAUUGGCUGAUAAAUAUAUCGUGGAAACUCUUACAACUGCUUGUGUUGCUUUUCUGAAACGUUCUUAUCAAGAAGAACCGUUACAAGCUUUAAAAUUGGCUGAAACUUAUCAGAUUGCUUCCGUUUAUAAAGAAUCUUCAAAAUUGGUAUUGGACGAUUUCGAAAAAUUUUUUUAUGAACCUCGAAACUUGGAAGGUUUAUCAAGAUCAACGCAAAAGAAAUUAAAAGUUCAAAGACAACAAUACGUUGAAGG